UGUGAUUGGAAGGAAACCCCGUGGACUACAUUCAGUCGGAGAGGCUGAGAAUCAGCUGUAGCUUGGCACGCCGACGCCAGUACUCAGUGAGCAGUCAUGUCCGAGACAUCUCAGAAGGAUAUGGUGCAGAGGGCCAAACUGGCCGAGCAGGCUGAGCGUUAUGAUGACAUGGCGAGUGACAUGAAGGUCGUGACUGAGUCAAGCGAGAAAGAGCUGUCGAAUGAGGAGCGUAACUUGCUGUCAGUGGCCUACAAGAAUGUGGUGGGCGCCCGCCGCUCCUCGUGGCGUGUGUUGUCCAGCAUCGAGCAGAAGGCUGACGCUGGUGGAAGGAAGCAGGAGCUGGCCAAAGAGUACCGUGUCACGAUUGAGACAGAGCUGAAAAAAAUCUGUCAAGAAGUGCUGGAUCUCUUGGAAAACCAUCUAAUUCCCAAAGCUGAAUUGCCAGAGAGCAAAGUCUUUUAUUUGAAAAUGAAAGGAGAUUAUUACCGCUACUUGGCUGAGGUGGCUGUGGCUUCAGGAGAGAUGAAAGAAAAAGAACAGUCACAGGAAGCCUACCAAGCUGCCUUGGACAUCAGCAAAGAUGGUAUGGCGCCGACGCACCCAAUCCGUCUUGGUCUUGCUCUCAAUUUCUCAGUGUUUUACUAUGAGAUCCUUAACUCAUCUGAGAAAGCCUGCCAGCUGGCCAAAGAAGCUUUUGAUGCCGCCAUUGCAGAGCUUGACACACUGAGCGAAGAAUCGUACAAAGACAGUACACUAAUCAUGCAGCUAUUGAGAGACAACUUGACACUGUGGACCUCUGAUACCCAGGAUGAGGUAGAAGAUACACAGCAGGCUGCAGAAUGAGCCAGACACCCAUAGUCAUUCCUGUCUGCCUUCCGUCGUCCUGGCUCAUCUUCAUCAUGAUCAUCAACACUGAGACCACCUCAUUAUCAUCAUUGCCAUCCAAGUCUCGCCAUCUUUUUUCUGUCUUCUGUCUAGAUCUCUCAAUACUCAUCUCACUCCUACCAGUUUACUAUUUCUUCUUUUGUAGUAACUGUAGGGAAAGGGCGAUGGGGAGGGAGGGUAAGUUUUAAGUGGUCUGGUGGAAGGAUUCAUGUGGAAGGGUAAAGAUUGUUUGGGGUUGAAUGCCUGGCUGUUGACCUUUUCUGUGUGGGAGCAAUAGGGGUGUUUCAUUAUUAUUGUGCUGGGAGAGAUGAUAGGUUCUACAAUCACAAAAACAUACAGCAGUUUGAGUUUUUACAAGUAAGAAAAAUUGUUAUACUGUAUCCGUAUCCUACUCAUAUGAACAGUCCUGUUUGUGAGUAACACUUAUUUUUUCCAUCACACAACUGUGGCUUCACUAAAACAGGAAGCUGGCUCCUCACCUGAGGAGACGGCAGAUGUUAGUCUGUACUUGGCAAGAGAAGGGACAGCAGAGGUAAAGACAGUGGAGGUGUAAUGGGUAGUGCUGGAAACGAAAGGCAAGAUUUUGUUGGAACACAAAGGUUACAUUCCAUUUACUGUCACUUGCUCAACUUUCUACUCUGUUUAUUUUUUUGGGGGGGUGACUUGCUUUUGUAUUUCUAUGUAUCAAUUACGAGGUAUGAAAACUUUGAGGAACAAAAGAGCACACAAACUUGUAUUGUUGCUGUUUUGUAUGAGCACAGGAAAAAAAAAACAAUCCCAUGUCCUUAUCUAGUUACUGCUUUAUCAAAUUAAGAUUUUUAUUUGUUUUGUCUUUUCUUUUUCCCUUCCAAUACUUGCCUAAACUGCAUGUUGGUAAGAAGUAGCUUGUGGAGAAGUAGGGAAGGUUGUUGGGCUUGUUAGCUUUGUCUUUUCAUACAGGAUCACCCAAGCAUAACUGUUAUUCAGGGGGAAAUGUGUAAUUUCAUGUAAGUGGAAUAAAAAAAUAAUAAUUUAAA